AGUAUCCAGUGCGGGACCGAGACCAAGGACGCGUUCAGAAUCACCAGAGGUGCCCUGUGCUGUGAACUGAAGAACUGAUACUCCAUGUUGAGUAGCAGCGCGACCGAGGAGUUGAGCUGUGGAGAGAAGAUUGAAACCAAGGCUGGCGACGAUAGGAACAUUGGUAACGUGUAAGGAAUAUCCCGUGUCGACUGAUUCAAGUAUUACACUCCCAAUAGAUCUUGCCAUAAUGGUUUGUCCGUUUGCAACUGUGACUGUUAUCGGACGAUGAAGAGGACACUGGUUGGUGAUGACGCUUGUUUCAGCGGAGCACAUGUGCCAACCGCAACAGCUGUCGAGAUACCAAGUAUUGGGUCCUGAAAUGACUCGAGCAAGGUUAGCGUAAACUUGCGAUGCAAAGACCGGAGGACGAUGCUGUGAUGGCGGUGUACUCUGCGGCAUCUGCUGCGUCUGGGACGUCGACUGCUGCAUUUGCUGAUGUGGCUUCGGUAACUGCUGCGAACGAUGAUAUGGUUGCGAAGUGCUGCGACGGUUUUGACAACGACUGCGACAAGUUUGGUCAAGAUCUUGCUGUUCCGCUUGAAGAUACGACGAAAUUUCGGUUUCUGAGAGGUUCGGAUUCAUGCGCAAGAAGGCGCGCGUCUGUCGCCACUCGGGACCAAGUCCAGCAAGAAGGACCAUGAGAUACAUCUCACGAGGGAAGUAUCCUCCACUCUUCUCCAGUUGAUCUUGUAGUGUGCGAACACGAUUGACGUAAUCCAUGACAUUCUCGUUUGUCAUCAUCUGCACACUUGUCAGCUGCGAAAGAAUCUUACUUGCUGUUAUUGUGUCUUUUGCCAUGUACACCCCCUUUAAGUGGUUCCAUGCAGUUUCAGCUGGCGUGAAGCUUGAAUGAAAAGAUCGAACGCCAAGCUGCUCCUUUGGCGACAGGUUCCGAACUAGAACCGUAUACGCCCCGAGAGAGGCGUGCAGGAAACUCUGUUGCUCCAGUUGUGUUCCCAUGACAGGAUACGUAAACUCGCCGGUGAAGAACGGCCAUAGCCCAGCGAACUGCGCCAGAAGCUCAAACUCGAAGCUCCAGGAGUAAAAUUCAACUCCGUUAAAAGGUGAUCGCCCGAAGAUGUAAAAGGGCUGCUGCUGCUGCGACUGCGGCUGCUGCGUAAACGGCGAGAAGGCAAAUGAGCCAGUACUUGGAGCUGAAGCUCCACGCAUUCGAUGAAACACCUGGAGUACUGACAGAAGGCGGAUUCUGCUGCUGCAUACUGAUGUGCGCAUAAGCCAGUGGAAACGGUCCAGAGGCUGAGAGACCAGUGGCGGUCGUGGAGACAGGUACUCCAGUAGUUCCAGAACUGGAUCCGGUAGAUGGUGCUGGUGAUGUCCCAGUCAUUGUUGACAGUAGUCUUAAAUCCAGAUAGCUCUCAUACCAUGUAAUAAUUUGACAGGUGUUGCACGAGACUAAGUGUAGAAUCUGCAAACACAAACACUUGGAAAACCUCAAGUGUUAGCCUAGGAUCUUUACUGGAAUGGUAGACAAGUAAGACAGUGGAAGUCUUUGUAAGAAUGAACCUGAGU